GCGCCUUCAUUCAAUGCAGAUGAGCAGUCAAUAUUUGUUACGUCUAUCGGCGUUAGAAUCCUCUGUUAGGGUGCCGAGCAUCGCAGUUUUUUAUACGAAGAGCAUACUGCUUGUGUGUUACGAGGUAUGCGAAGGGGGACAAACUUUUCCUCUACGAAUCGUGUGUUGCGAUUAAACACAAGCCAAUACCGACGGGAAUAUAAGAGCGGUGCUGUUUAUCACGGCGAACUCGAGGGAAGCAAGAAGAGCGGUAAGGGGAUCUUUAAGUGGCCAAAUGGAGCUUGCUAUGACGGAGAAUACGUAGAUAACACAAGACAUGGCUAUGGGAAACAAUAUUGGCCUGAUGGUUCAACGUACGAAGGCGCUUUUGAACGCGAUCUUCGACAUGGUUCUGGAACGCUGACUUGGGCUGAUAAAGAGAGCUAUCAAGGAGAGUUCUAUAGAGACAGACGGCAUGGAAAAGGAGUUUAUACCUGGCCUGAUGGUACAAAAUUUGAAGGUCACUUUGAAAAUGACAAGAAAGAAGGUUUUGGUACAUUUUUCUUUCCAAGUGGAAAUAAAUUUGAGGGAAUAUAUCGCAGAGAUGAGAGGGAUGGUCCAGGAAUAUUGACAUACUCUAAUGAUGAACAAGAUGUUGGACUCUGGUGUGGGGAACGGUUAAUCAAACUGUGCUCUGUAAUGGACAGUGCCUUCCUCUUCCAGCACUACUCUAACUACAAUGUGAAUGCUGGUCAAAAUUUGUCUAACAGAGUAAUACGAGCCAAUACUGCAAGGGAGAAUGUUAGAAACAAUACCCCUUCAUUGCAAGACUUUGAAGGUAGCAGUGACAUGGAAUUAAGUAAAGUGUUGUCUCAAAUUCCAAGUUCUUUCUCAUACCUGGAUAUUUUGGAAGGUGUUCGUGGUAACAAAGGUUCUAAAGGCCCUGUUGAACGUGCAUCAGAGGAACUUUUAAAAUCAUCAGCAGCUGGAGAUUGCUUCAAGGUUCGCAGUUUGAUUGAAAGUGGAAAAGUUCAUGUGGAUGUUGCUGAUAAGACUGGCUAUACUGCUUUACUUGCUGCCGCAGUCAAUUGUCACAGAGAUGUUAUCAAUUGCCUACUGGACAAUGGUGCCAAUGUCAAUAAGUUGAAUGAUGAGGGGUUAUCAGUUCUUGCUGCCUGUCAUGUUCUCUUCUAUACAAAACACACCUGGAAGAAUAACAUUGCUGAGACCAUUCCUGACGAAAAUUUGUUUAAUUGCAUACAGGAAGAUAAACAGAAAGGAAUUUAUAUUCAUCGGAAUUAUCGGCAGAAUGUUGUGCUUGAGGAUAGCAGACUUGAAAAAAACCUGAACGAUUCUGAUGAUGCUGAGGAAAACUCUGAAGAUGAAUGUGUUGAAAAUAUUCAAAAUGAAAACUGUAAUCAAGAUGAAACAAACAAUUCAAAGAUGCCAUACAAAGUUAUUGAAUUCAAUGACAGAAUAGUUGCAGAUACAGAUAGUGAUAGUGGAGAGCUUGAAAACAACUUGAACAAUAGCCUACAAAGUAAAUUAGAUUUUAAUAGAUCUGGUUUUAAGAAAAGUUCUGACAAUGAGGGAAAACUGAUCAUCCAGCCUGGUGGGAAUAACAUGCUUAACUCUGGAAUUUUGACAUCAGUCAGUGACAUUUCAUUGACUCAUGAGGAGACUGAUCCCAAAACUGGUAAAUUGAGUGUGCUGGAUCCAUCAUUGUUUAGUAUCAUGAGUGCUAUGACUAGUACAAGGCAGCCAUCAGACUCAGGGGAUGAUUUGCACAGUGAAAAAAGCAUGGAGCAGAACAAACAAAUUUUAUUGGCUAUGCAAAGACGUCCUCACCUUGAAGCAACAGUUCGUUUGUUGCUUUGGAGAGGUGCAAAUCCAAAUGCAUCAUCUCUUCCAAUGCCAGUUCUCUUUUUUGCUGUGAAAGCUGCAGACACUGCAGCUGUUGAGAUUUUACUCCAGAAAGGAGCUGACACCUCUGCAAAAUUAUCAAAAGAGCAAUCGGGAAUUGCUCCUUUGCAUAUUGCUGUAGCUCUGCCUGACCAAACAGGAGUGGAGAUCACGGAGUUGUUGCUGAGGGCAGGUGCUGACCCAAACAUAAGAGACUGUGCAUUUGGUUAUGAAGAAAAUGGAAGAACACCAGCACAUAUAGCAUGUUCAAGAGAAGAUAAUGACCAGGUAUCAUGUGCUGUUGUAAGGCUCUUGUUAGAGUAUGGAGCCAAUCCGGAUCUCCUGUGUGAAGGACAUUCUGCCCUUUCCUUGGGAAUCUGUAGUGGUAAUGACUUGGCUGUAGACACACUUCUGGAACAUGGAGCCAACCCCAGUCUGCGGCUUUCCAAAGGAGUAGGUUCAGCACUAUGUGCAGCUACUUCAUUUAUGUCAGAAAGGAGAAGGACUCCAGCUGGAAGAAUAAAGCUAAUAAACAAGAUAAUGAGAGCUGGUGCAAACAUUUUGUCCCCGAUAAGCGUGAACCAGAAAUAUCCACCAGGAACCGUUGUUGAUUAUGCCUAUAGUGUGUUUUAUCAGGACCGCAAGAUUGCUCAUACUCCAUACCAUGCCCUCACGGCAACAGAACGCGAGUGUUACAAUGCGCGACGGGAAAUGUUGGAUCAUCUGGGAGAUCUGCUAAGGACUCAAGUGUUGAAGAAAGAAAAGGAAUUGAUAGAGAAACAGCUGAAGGAAGCGGAAAGACAAGCAGAAGGAACACAGAAUGUAGAUACAAGUCCUCAGUCCACCUGGGGUAUCCUGAAGUCAUCUGACAGACUGAACAAGCUGAAAGAGCAUGACACCUCCCUUGCUGAGAAAAGAGACACCUUGAGAUGUAGCAGAGUGAGUUUCCGACUUGAAAACAAGAUCUUUGGUGAAGACGAAGGGGAGGUCCGCGAAAUCGAGGCUCAAGCAGAUCGUGAAGUCGAGGCUAUCACUGGAAUCGAUGGCGAAAGUCCUGGAAUGGAUAAUGAGCAACAGAAAGAUGACAGAAAGUCAGAAUUGUCACCAGCUCCUGAUGGUAGCAAGGAAAGCACUCCAUGUUCUUUAGGGUCCAGAGCUCCUGAGCCGCCCGUUAAACCCCAGUCUCCAGGUCGAGACGAAAACUGCGGUCUGCGAAUUGCAGUGACUAAGGCCGCUGACCACAUGAGCAUAUCCGCACUGGCGACUCAAGCUUUGAAACAACGAAAGCAAGUGAUGAAAAACCGCUUUCGAUAUUGUUAUGAGUGUGGACGUUCAAUAGCAAUUCGCUUGUCGGCCUGUACAAGAUGUAAAGAGGUCUUCUAUUGCAGUAAGUCGUGUAAACUGAAGGCGUGGAAUGCAAGGCACAGGGAGGAAUGUGUCCGACUGACAGGUGGUGGGGUGAAGACAGCUUCCAACCGGCGAGCAGAAAGCCCCACCCCCACCACGGACCCUGAUGUACCUCCUCCCUCUACCACCCCGUCGGGCUCUCAGAGGAAGACGCCUUCACGGGGGAGGGGAGAGAAAGUGCGUAAACCACAGUCUGCUUCGGCCUCGCGAAUGUCUAAGCGAAAUGCUUCUCCGUCGGCAACAAAAGCCAAGAAAUAACAGAGUGUGUUGGAGGAACAAAAUGUGUGUUUUGUAUUGAACAUCGCAAGCAGAAUAAUCUAUGCAUUGAAUGUAUAUUAACAGAAAUUGCGCACUUUGCCUCUUUACCGUCGGCGAAAAUUCAGCUCAACAGAAAUGCAGCUCUUAAGAUGUUCAAUCAUCAUGAUUCCAGUGCUUCAGAUUAAGUUUUUCUUUUCUCCAAAGUUGUAUUUGUUGGCGGGCCAUCAAAUAUUUAUGUUGCAGGGGAAUUGUUGCGGGUUUGUCAGUUAUUUGGAUGGUCACUCAGUUCUCACCUAACGCCUGGCUCAUCAUUGGCGGUUGCAUUUGGCUUUUAUUUACACUGUUAUUUACAAGAUUGUUUAACUCCAAUCUUGAUUUUGCCGAACCCCAAAAUAUCUUGUUAGCCCACUGAACCAAACGGAAAUUUAGUCUCUAUUUCUGACGUUUGUUUCAAAAAUGUUUUUCAUCUUUUUAUUUAUUAAUUUUUUUUUGAGGGAUGGGGGGUAGCGAUGGGUGUGAUUUGUUCGUUGUCUUUUUGUAAGUAUCGUUGUAUUUGGGUCUGGAUACAAGUUUGCUUAAGGGUGGUUUUAUUUAUGAUCAAAAUCUUUUCAUAUUUAACUAACCAGUCGUUUUGUACAAUAUGA